UUUUGUGUGAAAAUGUUUGAAAAUUUUUCAUCAAAAAAUUUCAAUCCCUUUGGGCUGAAUGAAAACCAAUAAGAAGGGCUUGAUACUUUCCAAAAUACUGCCAACUUUUCAAAAAUUUUAAACUAGAUCUGUAUCUCUUUCCUUGCAUAUUCUAUAUAUUUCUAUGAAAAUAUCCAUUGACAAUAAGCAUUGUAGAACCUCACAAACUCACACCCUUAAUCAACAAGUUUGGGUGUGUUCAUUAAAAACCCACUAGACUUUCUGUUUAACGACCCGUUGCUGUAAUGAACUCUUUUACUUUUUCUCUGGCAGGAUGGAGAAGAAGAAAAUUCUGAUGAAAUCCAAAGUCGCUGCGUCAAAUCUUCUGAGCGCACUGCAUUCACUCUAUCAGUUUGGCCACUUCUGUGAUGUGACUGUCCAUACCGAGCAUCUAGGGAUCCAGGAGGAGUUUCUGGUUCACAAGGCUGUCUUGGCUGCUUCCAGCAAUUAUUUUAAGGGGCUUUUUCUUCACGAUGAGAUGUUGGACGCUAAGAAUUGUACCGUAACUCUACAGGACAUAUACACAGAAGAAUUCACUUCCUUUCUAGAAUUCAUCUACACUGCAGAAGUAGAGAUUGAUGCAGAAAAGUUGCAUCGGAUGAAGGAGGUAGCUGAGAGACUUGAGUGCAAAGAUUUGUUGGACAUUUGUGAAGAAAUGAAGGCAGAGGGUGGAAAAGGGUUAGAUUUGAGUGUCUAUUUGAAAGGUCAGAUACAUGAAAAUGGUGGGUCCCAGUGGGCUCAUGUCCAGCAAGCAGAAGACAAUGAAAUGAAUGAUUCUGCCCAAAUUUCGCUAACAUCCAUGAAAAGGAAAUUUUGGGACAGCCAGAAAUGCAGAAAAUUGCCACCCAGCUACGAGAAUGUUGAUGGUCAGCCUGCAAAUUGCAAUAAAGAUAGGACAGAAUUUCUGGAGUCGAAAGCUGAGAUGGCAAAAUCAGACAAAGGUAACAAAAUAGAGACCGGUGAAAUGACUGACAUGGAUACAGUCAGCCCAGAGGAAAACAAGACAAGCCAUUGUGUCCUAAAUCGGUCAGACUCAAAGCAAACCUGCAUAGUGAUUAAAAACAUGCUUCCCAGCCUGGAGGAGGAUGAAAACAGUUUAAUUUCUGAGCUACCCAGUAAAACUGAAUGCAGGAAAUCCCCUCGCAAUGUAUCAAAAGUCCUGCCCCAAUUGUACACCUGUGAGAAGUGCAACCAGCCCUUCCAUUUCGUCAAACACUACCAGUCGCACAUGGCGCUGGAACACGACAUCCGUAUUGUCCUCAAGUAUAGCUGCAAUCUGUGUGACCAGCUCUUCUCGAACCGCCAGAACCUCCGGCAGCACCGCCUGACGGUUCACAACGACCAACGGCGCUUUCCGUGCGUGUUCUGUGAGAAGAAGUUCAAGCGCCGGAAGGAUAUCAAUGACCACAUCCGGCGGGUGCAUGAAAAGAAGAGGAACCCCCAGGCGUGUCCGUACUGCCACAAGGUGAUCAGCUCCAAAUGCGGCCUGAGAGUUCACAUUCGAACCCACACUGGAGAGAAGCCCUAUAGAUGUGAACGUUGCCCCGCCAGCUUUGCUCAGAGAUCUGCUUACAAUACCCAUGUAAGAAAAAUACAUGAAUCUGGGCAAGACAGGAAGCUUUUGCCAGUCUACUGGAUGGUAGUUCCACCUGCUGAGAGAGCAGAUGUAACCUUUUGUGAAUCAGAUAUUAGCAAAGAAACAUGGGAUGCGGCCUCAGAUGGAUUGCAAAAAGGUGCUAAGCGCAAAAAAACCAUGGACAAUGAAGAAGAACCAGGGAGUUCAUCAGAUGCACAAGUGGAUUGCAGCAAUGCAAGAGAAGAAAGGAAGCCACCAUAUGAUGAAACUGAAGCUAACAAAGAAGACGAAAAUGAAGGUGAUGAGGAUGAAGAAGAAACAAAUGUGAAAGGAGAAGGGGAGGGAGAUUACAAUGUGGUUUAUUCUGAAGUAGAUGAUGGUAAAGAUAACGAGAAUGUUUGUACAGAUGAUGACGAUGACUCGUCUAAUGAUAAAGACGCUGAAGAAAAUGAAUCGGAUGAAGACUUUAAAAUAAAGAAGGUAAAUAAAACCAGAGUCACUAAGAAGUCUGCCUAUGUUAUUACAUGCGAUAAAUGUGAUGAGCAGUUUGUGUCCCGGAAAAAAUAUGUGGAUCACUGCAAAGAUGUCCACCAGUCCUUGCCUGGGAAAGUCUAUCGAUGUGAUAUCUGCAGCAAGUCGUUCGCUAGCUACAACAGCUGGAAAGAGCACAGAGCAUGUGUGCAUACGGAAGAAAGGCAGUUUGCCUGCACCCUCUGCAAUGCUACAUUUAAAAGAAAGAGAGACGUAAGGACACAUUACAUUCGGAAACAUGAAGGGAGAGUGAAGCGCCCGCUGUGUUCAGUCUGUGGGAAGAUCUUGAGCUCGCGAACUGCCCUGGUGUUUCACAUGCGGACGCACACAGGGGAAAAGCCCUACGAAUGUAGCGUUUGUCAUUCGAAAUUUGCACAGCCAUCACAGCUUAAGAUCCACACCAGGUCGCAUACGGGCGAAAAGCCAUACAUUUGUGAGGACUGCGGGGCGUGCUUUGCUGACAAAGGCAAACUAAAUGGUCACAAGAGGACACAUACAGGAGAGCGUCUCUUUAAAUGUGAUGUGUGUGGAAAACAUUUUGCCACCAAUGAAUACUUGAAGUGCCAUAAGCGAUGCCACAUGGGAGCUAAGCCCUAUAAAUGCGAUGUUUGUGGGAAAACGUUUGGACUGAGGGCCUCGUUAGCCCAACACAGUAAUGUCCAUGCAGAGACUCGCCCAUAUUUCUGCGAACAGUGUGGAAAAACAUUUACUCAGCAAGGAGCUCUCAGGCGUCACCAGCGUAUUCACACCGGUGAAAAACCAUACAAGUGCCGGGCUUGUGAGAGAACCUUCACAGACAUGUCCACCUUACGGAGACACGUCUUGAUCCAUGACCGGAAUGCUCACUGGAGAAGUUUCUUGAUCGAUCUUACUACGAAAAAAGACCAUAAUUGGUCCAAAAUAGAAACUUUAUCAGAUGUCUGCAUGGGUGAGGACUCAGUACCUGAAAUUUGGUCAGUUGACCAAGGUAAACUUUAUAAACCAGACAACAUUGGUGUGAAAAAAGCAGAACAGAGACCAUCUAGUGCUAACAUGCGGGACACUGAUCAUUCCCUUAUAUACUUAUAACUCUUAUUGCUCUAGCCAGAAAAUUAUAAAAUCUCUCAACAGACUAUGAACUAAAACCUUUCAAAUCUGUGUUCAAUAUAACGGCUUCAGUUUUACUCUAUGAGAUACUCUUACCUUUUUAUAACUGAUAGGCGAUGUUACAUUGCAGUCUUUUAUCUUGUUAUGGUAAACUAUUUAUGCCAAUUAGGUUGUGUACAGAGUUGUGUUUUUUUGUUUUUUUUAUCUUGACUAUAUCACACAGUAAAAUACCCAUUUAAUUAAGUAGAUAUGUUUCUGUAUGUAUCUGUAUAUACAUAUACACGUGUGUUCUUUUACAUCAUCUUUAUUAGAGAUAUUAUGUUUAGAAAAAGCCACAUAAACAAUAAUCUGUGCCGCAUCUAAUUUAUUUGUACAUAUUUGAUUGUAAAAUAUUUUAACUCUCUUAAUCAAUACAAAAUGUUAAAACAUUUGCUGUAGAAAUUUAUAAGCCAACUAGAACAUAGUUGUUCUAUGCAGUUUUCCAUCUUUUGCCAUUUCAUUUGACUUGAUACUGUGAUAUUUGGUUUUAACGCCUAAUUAUAAUUUUUUUGUAUACUAUAAAAUGAACUUCAAAUUUAUUUCUCAAAGUGAUGGGAAACUUCUUAGUCCAUAUGCAUAAUAAACAAUAAUGAGCUGUGACUUAUGGGCUCCAUUUUAUAAUUCAGAGGUCUGACUGCACAACCCUAGAUUAAAAGCAAUAAUCUUUUGCAGGGGAUUUCGUUUUAUUGGCCUUCUGAGAGUUUUCAGCAUUUCGAUCUCUAAUGGCUUUCAUUAGAAUUGUAGAUUCUAAACAUACCAUUCUUUUAUGAUUCAAAAAAGCUGCCUAUUGUUGAGAUUUUAAAUGCAACGAAGUCAGGACAUCUAGAGUUUUGUUUCUGAAACCAGUAGUAAAACACAGAACCACUGCACACCUUUAGUAUUUUGCAUUACUGAAAUAGUCUUAAUUGCAUGUCUCAGAACAUGGUGUGUUAAGUGUGGGGGGGGGGGAUUGAAGGUUGGGCUGAAAGCAGUACUUUGAAUUGCCAGAUUAUGGGCCCGAUUAAUAAUUGUUGUGAUGCCAAAGACAAUGGAAUUUCAUUAGGGAUUAAAUUGGUCAGAUUAACAAUCCAGAAAAUGAGGAACACACAAUUCGUGUGGAAAUCCUGGUUUUAUAGACUUAGCAUCCGAUAGGAACUCUAGUUGGUGCAGGGAUAGAAUACAGAGUGACAAAACUGCCUACAUCAGUGGUUCCCAACUGGUGGUCCGCAGACCCCCUGGUGGUCCGUGAUGGUACUGCAGGGGGUCCAUGGAAAGUUUAAAAGUAAGGAUCGGGCCCACCUUUUUUCUCUUUUUCCU